CUGAAAUUUGUCUUCUAUUAAACUCCUCCCUCUCUCUUCUUUUUAUUUCCCCUUCUCUGAAUUCUCUCACUAUAAUUUCCUUUUCCUCUGUACAUAAACCCCAAUCCCCAAAAAACCCCCCAAAAAAACCCAGAAAAAAUGGGAAUAAUCAAAGAAGAGAAAUCACAAAGAAUAAUAAGAGUCAUUAAGACAAUAUUCUUCUUAAUUACGAUGUUAAUCUCAUUUUUAUUCUUCUGUGCUCCUGUUCUUCUUGCUGUUGCUGAUACUAUUCUUCCUUCUGCUUUAUUAUCUGCUUCUUCGCCGUUUUUAUCUCCUCAAUCUCUCUCUUUUCAAUUUUCUAAUUACGAUUUUCGUUAUUCUCUUGUUGAUAUUCCGUUAAUCUCCAUCCUUCGUUCUCUACUAAUCAUCUGUGUAUACAGUUGUUGUGAUGGGCCGAAGCUGUCACGUGGGCCAUACUUAUGGGUAGCAACAAUUUGCUCAAUGCUUUCGUUGGUGUUUGUUUCAUUAAAGGCUCCCUUUGUGUUUGGUGCUGCAAAUGGUGGUGAGAAAGGAUUAGGAGGAUAUAGUAAAGGCACUGAAGUUGCACUCUUUGUUUGUUCUUACAUCUUGGCUGUUGGACAUGUGUUCGUUGCUUAUAGGAUCAGUUGUCGUGAACGUAAAAAGCUCCUUGUUUACAAGAUAGACAUCGAAGCUGUUCAUUCAGCCUAUAAGAAGGGAUUUUCAAGAUAUGAAAAGAUAUUACAAGAAGAAAGGAAAACAUGCACAAACUUGAAACAUUAGAGAAGAUUUUUAUGCACAAAAUUCAUAUAAUAUAUGGAUCUUACAAAUUUUAUAGGAAGCUCCAAAGAUGAAAUCGUAUGAAACAUAUCCAUAACAACAUAGGAGAAUCAAGUAUGAAGAUAAAGAUAGAUAUUUUCGUUUUUGGGUCUUAUUGACACUACUAACGAUAUUGAGGUAAUGUAACAUUGUUGUUAGAAUCGUAUAUAAGGCUUAAAGACGACGUCACAAACUAUUUAUAAGGUAGCAAUCUUAUCACUAAAGAGAUGAGAUUAUCCCAAAACAUGUAUAGUUUUUUUUUUUAAUUCCUUUUUUUUAUGGGUGGGAUGGGUUUUAGCCUUUUAGGUUAUAUUGUGAUUAUGGAUGAAAAUUAUUAUGUAUUAUAUGUAAUUAAAAGAUGAGGAUCAAGUAAAAUAGUAUGAGUAUGAGUAGGCAUGCCAAAGGCUAGCUAACUCAUUCAAUUUUGUUGGCCCUCUAAAGGGGUGUAAUUGUUGCAUGUUUGUAAACAUUUCAAGUUGCUUGUGUUAUUGUACAUAAUAAUUAAAGUACAUAAUAAAAUCUCUCAUUAGGCUACAACCUAUGAAGAUAUAGAUUUUGGGUUAGUACUAAAUGUUAG